AUGCUGAGUUAUGUGGAGUCCGGCCAAGUAGGACUGUUGUUUCAGAGUAUAUCAGAGUGCUCUUCUGUUGUCAAUCUUGCUCGUUUCUUCACAGAUGAUGAGAGAAGACGACCAGAUGUGUUCAGUGCCCUCAAGUUGGGAAAUUCCCAGCUUGUCAAAGAGAUCUUGGAGGAGGAUCCUACUCAGGUGAAUUCAUCCAAUCAGGAGGGAGCAUCACCUCUCAUGAUGGCAGCAGUGAGCGGUCAGUUAGAAGUGGUGCAGCUGAUGGUGGAGAAGAAUGCAGACAUAGACAAACAAGAUGGCGUUCAUGGGUGGACCGCCUUAAUGCAGGCCACCUAUCACGGUAAUAAAGACAUUGUCAAGUACCUGUUGAGUCAAGGGGCUGAUGUCAACCUUCGGGCGAAGAAUGGAUACACAGCCUUUGAUUUGGUUAUGUUGCUGAACGACCCAGACACUGAGUUGGUGCGUCUGUUAGCAUCAGUGUGUAUGCAAGUAGACAAGGACAAGUCGAAACACCGUGGCAGAGCCUUGAUGACUCGCUCCAAAAGCCGCCAGUCCCUCAACAAUGUCCCUGUGCCACCUGACGACAAGGGAGGCCUUAAAUCCUGGUGGAGUCGGAUGUCAAAUCGAUUCCGACGGCUUAAGCUGACUCACACCCUGAGACAUGGCCUUUCAUCCAACCGCCUGGCUCCAUUUCCAGAUGAUGCUGAAACUUCAUUGGAUGCCACAAUGAAGUCUGCCGCCGUGUCUAAUGGGGCGCUGGCACCAGCUCCUGCCCUGGGAGCGCCUGACAUCAGCACUGCCUGGGCAGUCAAGAGCAAAGAUAGUGGUAUUUGCAGGGCAUCCUCAGAAAAGGAGGACUUUCUUAUAACUACAAUGCUCAGAAGUGGUGCGCCCUUGACCCGGCUGCCCAAUGACAAGCUAAAAGCAGUGAUCCCUCCCUUCUUGCCUCCAUCCAACUUUGAACCAUGGAACUCGGACCGUUCGCGCCUCCUCAGGGAGGGAAAGAGCGAAGCGCCCCGUCUGCCCAUGCCACCACAGAGGAAGCUGAACAGCAGUGGAAACUCAGAUAUUACGUCUAUCAGUCGUGUGGUUAGCAGGUCCAUUAAGUUUCCCAGCAUCCCCAAGGGGCCCUCCUCCUCUUCUCCUUCAAACUCUGGUCACUACCACUCCCCACACUCCUCAGGGGGCUCCAAUGGAGUAGCAGGGAUCAACCGGGACUCUCACAACCGUUCAGGGGGCAGUGCAGACAGUGUUCUCUCGCAGAUAGCAGCCCAAAGGAAGCGAGCAGCAGGUCUGAUAGAUGUAAAAGCCCCGGCUCCAGAGAAACAGCACAGCCAGACACAGAGCCAACCCUCACUGCCACCCUCAGCACCCGGCCUGCCGCUGCCUGAUAUUAGCCUUCCUGACAUCCACUCCCACCCCAGCCUGGUCGCUUCCGACAUACACUCGAGAAGGAAGAUAGAGUUGAAGAAGAGACCUCAGUCUGGGAAUUCCUCCACCUCCAAGAGCACAUCGCCCACUCUGACUCCGUCUCCUUCCCCAACGCCCAAGCCUCCUACUGGGCCGGGAGACUCUCUGUCCUCAGCCUCUUCCCAUCCUCGCUCCAAGAGCAGUGGUGGCUCCAGCAGUGGAACCAUAACUGAUGAAGAUGAGCUGUCUAGCAUAUUGAAGAAACUGUCCCUGGAGAAGUACCAGCCCAUAUUUGAGGAACAGGAGGUGGACAUGGAAGCAUUCCUGACUCUUACAGACGGAGACCUGAAGGAGCUGGGCAUUAAAACUGACGGACCCAGACAACAGAUAUUGGCUGCCAUUUCAGAGCUCAAUGCUGGAAAGGGCCGAGAAAGGCAGAUCCUUCAAGAGACCAUCCAUAACUUCCAGUCUUCCUUUGGUAGCAGCGCCAGUAACCCAAGACAACCAGUUGAACCACGCUCACCAACAGGCUGGAUGAGACACCAGGUUCGUUCCUCUAACAAAAGGUAACCCAGCAGCCCUGAUGCCCACCAGGAAGUACACCAACGCUACUUAGAAUAAGAGUGAAAUGCUGGUGACCUCUAGCCAAGGCACAAAUCAUAUGGACGUCUCCUGGACGCCAGUGUCCCAGACCACUAGCAGUGUUAGUGCAAGAGGACACUGCAGCCAAACGACCAACCAGGCCCUGGUAAAACUCUUCAUUGGAUCCUCCAGGAGCAAACUGCCUUAAUAUAGUCCUCUUAUGGAUCCUAAAGCAGGUGAGGUGUGACAGGGCUAGCUGAGUCCAGUGCCCUGCUGCUGUUUGACAAAGCAAGUCGUGAUCUUUGGCAAAUACAUUUUUCUUGCCUUAGUGAGUUGCCACAUCUACUGCCAAUGCAGCACAUGGGUUACACAGAGAGGUUAAAGAGACAAGAUCAAAUACGACGCAGAGGGAGAGCGAACACGAGCCGAGAGAGAUUUUUAUUUUAUCUGAACAAAUGUGAGAGAGAGAGAGCAUAUGUAUUGUAAAAGUGGCAGGUUAGAUCAGGAGGAAGGAUGAGAGAGAUUAUGAUUAUAACAAUAAAAUAACAUAAAACAGGUAUUACUUACCAUGAAUACUGUGAUCGGACACUUUAAAGCAGUUGUAAGGACUAAAAAGGGACACUGAUGAGGAAAGCAAUUGGGACAUAGAGAGGGACAUUAGCCAAGCUGUUUGGCCUGCUUUUACUAGUGUGUUAUGUCUUUGGGUUAUGGGCCUCUAAGUAAACAGAUAAUUUUAAGUCACGACUGUGCUGUCGUCAAUAUUUAAACAUGAUUAUACAAUAACUAUAUAUUUCUUUCACCUUUUAAGAUCUUAUUAGGCUUGAGAUGAGAAGGCAUUGGCAAAAGCAUUUUGGGAACCUUUUAUGAGCAGUAUAAAUUUUGUUUGAAAGUGGUGCAUUGAGCAAUAGUUUCCACUGAGCCUGUUCUGUGUUUUUGAAUCUGGCUCGACCAUUAAACAGGUCCACAUGCAGACUGAUGGAAUCCUAUAUCAAUCCUAAAUAUCAGGUUGUCUUAAAUCCAAAGGAUGGGUUGUGGCGGUGUUCAGAUGGGUCAGUUUAAUAUGAGAUGACUGAUAUCUCACAUCCUGUUUAGUCAUGUACUCUGUCUGGGAAAUAUGAAUAAACACACUGUAAACAAUCAAAAAGGAAUCUGGAUGAUGAAUUGAAUCACACUGAAAUAAAAUCUGUGUCCAAAAUGAAAUGCUGCAAAAUAAACUUAAUAUGAAUGAUGUUCA